AUGGUGGACGAAGGAGGUGCCGAUGUCUGUGAAAAAAUUGAGGGGUCGGAGGUCCUCCUCGCCCUCCGCACGCUGGUGAAAGAGCUACUCUCGAUCGAGGUUCCUUCGCUCAAGGAGUUCGUCUUGGCAUUCCAAGCGGCGUUCGAGACCUCCUGGCACUCGCUGUCAGCCUGGUUCUCGGUCCUAACGCUCUUCCUCUCGCCCGUGCUCCAGUUCCUGGCGGUGCUCGCGCGGGCCGUAUGGCCCCACGCCCAGACCGCGGCCAUCACCGUCUGCAAGUACCAGGCUUCGCUGCCGGCCUCCACGCUGUGCGCCGAGGCCGCCGCCGUCGUCCUCUUCAUCGCGCUCGUCCUCCUGCGGCGCUUCAUCGUGCGGCAGCGGUACAUACCCCGCGCCCGGCGCCGGGUGCGCAACUUCCGCGCCAGGAUCAACACCGCUUACAUGUCCUUCACGGCGUCGGUGGAGCGGAACCUGCGGCUCUCCGCGCGCGCGUUCCCCCACGUGGUCUACUGGACGGCCGCGGCCUCCUUCGCGUGGCUGGCCCCGGACCUGACCGGAAGCCUCCGGGACAAGUUCUGGGUGUUCGCGACGGCCACUUGGCCGACGCUCUACGCCGUCUACCUGGUACUCCUGGUCAGGAGCCAGAACGCGGUCAAUGACGAGGAUAGCGCCGGCGGCAGCUCUGUUAACGGAACGCCAGCCGGCGCUGGCACAAGGGGGACGGCGGCAAAAGCACCAGUUUUGUAUGCGCCGGGAGCGAGGACACCACGGGAGGGCAAGCCCAGGGCGGGCACACCCGGGGCGGGCACGCCGGCUAGGUCGGGGCUGGCGCGCGGCGCUGGCGUGAUGCCGCAGGACGUGGACCGGGUGCUGAUGUACUGGGUUGUGUUCACGGUGGCGAGGUGCUGGGGGUUGCUGGCGGCGUACGUGCCAGAGACAUUCUUCACGCCGUACGUGCGCACCGUCGCGUUUUUCUUGGCGCUGUGGAUGCACCUUCCGGGGCCUGGUAGCGGGCUGCAGGUUGUGUAUGCCUGGCUGGAGCCGCUUGUUCACACGUAUGUGAAGGACCUGCGCAUGCCCCAGAACGGCUACACCGGGACGCUGAAGAGAGUUCAAGACCUGCUGGUACUCGUUCGGCUGCUGACAGAGGAGAAGGCGGAGUUGCUUGUCGACAACAUCACAGACAGCUGGAUGCUGGUGCCGGCGCUGGCCUUCUUCUUAACUCCUUCCUUCAUGACCGAGCUAGCCUGCCUGUACGCUGGACUAGUGAUCCCCUCGUUCAACUCCAUCAAGACCCUUGGUCGUAGAUCGAAUACCUCGGCUGUCUCCACCGCCUGGGCCGCGCUGGCAACAUCUGCCGACAGUGCCCGGGUCCGGUGGCUCACGUACUGGGUAGCCUACGGGAGCUGGUGGCACUUGUCUUUGUGUCUGGGCGGGAUUCUAAGAGUACUGCCCCUCGCCGCACACGCCGAGCUGGCGUUGUUGCUGUGGCUGCAGGUGCCGUUAUUCCGAGGGGGGGGUCGCAUAUUGGAUUUCGGGGAACGGUGCAUGGAUCGUUGGACUUUCGGUUCUGAUGUUGCAUCCACCCCCGUGCGGCCGCUAACGCCGCCGCAGCAGCAAGAGGUGAACCGAUAGUAAUAGUCUGGUCUAGCGUACCCUACGUGUUUUGGUGCAAUGUUGUGGUGAGCUUCGUUUCAAGAGACGCAAGCUACUCGUACGCUCGAAAGGUAUUUAUCAAGCUGUAGACGGUGCAUGAGCAUCAGUGCGACUUAGGUCCGUGUAUUUUUUUUUUUGGCUUUCGGCCAUUUUUGCAGGUGCGUUGUACAAACUGUGAACCCUGUGUGUGUGCAAACUAUGAACGAUAUUUGUUUUUAGUUUUCGUUAAUCGUCAUGUAGUUUGUGUAGAGAAAGAAGGAUUCAGGAGGAGGAUAAGAAGAAGAGGGGGAAAAGGAGGUUAAAGGGAUGGCCAUGCCCUACUAACACGGGUUGAAAAAAUAUGCGGUGAUUGCUGGCUUGAACGCUGCAGGCCAUUAGGGAACGUGUGUGGUCGUAAGAGUAAAGUACGCGGAUGAUUUGGUAUGUAGCUUGGCGCCAUAGACAGUUGCUGUCUGGGUCUGGGAAGCGCAACCGUGGCUUAUUUCAAUCUCUUUCUUUCAACUAUCCCCUGCUUUCAUUACGUGGUGUUUUUUUAAGAACAAAAACGGAGUGUUAUAAAUG